AUGACUGGUGAUCUUGCUGAGAUCCGACUCUUCUGUUCUUGCACCAUACUGCGUCUUGAUGUGUUGGGUCAGGAAACACUUUUGAAUCUCUUCCUUCGCAACUACCUGCCCUACAACCUUUAUGACAAAGCAGUGAGGAUAGAUGACUUAGAGCUCAGUAACGUCCAAGAGAGGUUUGAGACAUUUUCUGUAAACAUGACUCACAACCUCAUAGUCAGGCUCCGACACAAACAGAAUCUUGACAAAGCCACAGCCGAUGGACACAACGUGGACGGUGGCUUGAAGGCCAUUGGGCUUACCGAUCAAAGAGAGACGCCAUCUUUUGAAGCAAAUCCACUUGACUUCCUCUCCACAAAGCUAUCGAGACUAGAGAAGGAACUAUCAGGAGUAAGAUCCCAUUUUGUUGAGUCUUGUGCAUUGCCUAUAAGCACAUACUUCUCUGCCAUGAAGCUUCUCUGGCUAAUGGAGAACGUACAUGCUGUUAAAGACGCUAUCAAGAAAGGAUAUGCCAUCUUUGGCACAAUCGACACAUGGCUGAUCUGGAACAUGACCGGCGGUGUGAAUGGAGGUCUACACGUCACUGAUGUCACCAAGAUCUUACGCAGCAUUAGCAUCUCUUACUCAAGAAUCUCUCUAACAGAUGUUGCCCAGAAGCUAAGGCUAAACUCUGCAUACCCGAUGGCAGAUGCAUAA